ACUCUCUCUUUGUAUAUAUUUUUCACAACACUGAAGAGCUUCUUCUCUUUCUCUCUCUCUCUCACACAGUUGAAUUUGACUCUUCAAAGUAGAAACCCUAACCUAAUAAUAAUUUCAGGAUCAAUUCAAAUCCGUUACUGCAUUCUACUACCAUUUUCGGAGUUAUCUCUUUGAGUUGUGAAAGUUGAAGCGAAUGCCAAAUUUUUGUGCGGAAAAAUAAAUGAUUUGGAUUUGUUAAGUCUGUUAUAAUGGGUAGGCGUCAUGGAUGGGAACUUCCUUUUCACACUUUUCAGGUUGUGGCUAUAACAGUUUAUUUCUUGUUAUGCAUUGCUUAUUACGCCUUCUUUGCUCCUUUUCUUGGAAAGGAAAUCUAUGAAUAUGUGGCUUUUGGUGUUUACUCUGUACUGGCACUCUCUGUAUUCGUCCUCUAUGUUCGCUGCACUGCCAUUGACCCUGCUGAUCUGGGAGUGAGGCUUGACUGUGACCAAACAUCCAAUAAUAGAUCAAAACACGAUGAAGAGUUGACAGAACCCAACAAGAUAGGGCUCAAGGAUGAAAGAAUGUCUGAUCGGCAUGAUUCAAAUGUUUGCUCCAAACUUGGAUGUUGCUUGUGUAGUUUCCUUGCAAUGGAAGAUUGCCGCAGCGAUGAAGAUUCUAUUCUGCAACAAGAAUCCGGAGAGGAGGAGGCUUUGUUCUGUACUUUAUGCAAAGCUGAGGUUCGGAAGUUCAGUAAGCAUUGUAGAAGUUGUGACAAAUGUGUUGAUGGAUUCGAUCACCAUUGCCGGUGGUUGAACAAUUGUGUUGGAAGGAAGAAUUACAUCACAUUUGUGUGCCUAAUGGCAGUGAGCCUGGUUUGGCUUUUAGUCGAAUGCGGAGUUGGGAUUACUGUGCUUGUCAGAUGCUUUGCUGAUAAGAAGCAUACAGAGAAUCUGAUAGAAGAAAAGCUUGGAGCUGGAUUUUCUCGAGUCCCAUUUGCUACAAUAGUGGCCAUAUGCACAGCAGUUUCUUUCCUUGCGACUAUACCUCUGGGAGAAUUGUUCUUUUUUCAUAUGAUUCUGAUUAGAAAGGGAAUUACUACGUAUGAAUAUGUCGUUGCCAUGAGAACUCUGAGUGAACCACCUGGUCCUUCAGUUGAUGCGGGUGAUCAGCAGAGUCUUCCUCCGUCUCCUACUAGUUCAGCUGUCACUGCAAUUAGCGGAAGAAGCUCUGUGGGAAUGAGUUUGCAAUACAAAGGUGCCUGGUGUACACCUCCAAGAAUCUUUAUGGAUCACCAGGAUGAAAUUAUACCACAUUUGGAGCCAGGUCGCCUACCAUCUACUGUAGAUCCAGAUGCAAUACAACAACCCGACAAAGGAAAAAAUUUGAAUCACCGCCCUGUGCGAAUAAGCGCAUGGAAACUUGCAAAACUAGAUUCCAAUGAGGCAGCUAAGGCAUUAGCUAAAGCUAGAGCAUCAUCAUCUGUGCUUCGUCCAAUUAGUUCUCGGUCUCAUGCAUACGAUGUUGAUCAUUUAUCCAGUAGCAAUGUGAGUGGAAGAAGCAGUCCAAUUAGCAACCAAGGAUUUCAUAACAAAUACGAUCCAUCAGGGACAUCAAAGUUAUCUCCUUCCAAGAGCUCAUACCCUCCCAGUCAAGCAAGCAAGGAAGAUAUAGAUGCAUGUCACCACAGUAUGAGUAACUUCAGCAGUCCACAAGUCCCCAACUUAACUCCUUCGCCAAUGCAGCGGCCAGGUUUGAACAGAGACCAUUUCAACCCUAUGUUUCAGCAACCAUCUGCAAAUCAGUCUCCUUCAUCAGCUAAAGGAAGCGAAGGGAAUUUAAACCCAGUUCAUGAAAUUGGUGCACGUGUGCCAAUGAGAAGUAACAACUUAGCUGUUUCAGAGGAUAAAAAAUCAUCAGUGUUUUGGGAUCCAGCAGCUGGGCGCUUUGUCCCUUUCUCGUCUAGUGGUCAAGGCAGUUAUCAGAUUCCUAGAACAGAGUUAUCGUAUACUGGGCGUUCUAUAUUUUUUGGCAGUCCCGCUGUGAACGAACAGUCAAAUGCAGCAGGAACAAGAAAUAGCAGCUCGGUAGCUGGUGUUUCGGACAGAGAUUAUCCAAUAAGGGAUUUUCAGCGAGGUAGAUCACAUAGAGGUGGCCAACUUCCUGUGUUUGUUCCUAGUUAUUCCCAGCAAAACUAAUUUUCUUAGAGUACCUUUGAAUUGGUGGUAUAGGAUAAGAAUGGAAUGGAAUAUGAUAACAUCUAAAAUUUAAAAUCUAAAUAGUGAAAUGUUAGCGCAUUCCAUUCCACUCCAAUUUACCAUUAAUUGCAAUUUUUUCUUCUCUUCCUUUUCUAGUUGAAAAAAAAGUCCUAAAACAUCUUAUCCUGCAUUUUUUAAUGUAUGUCUUCUUUCUUGUUUCCACCUUGUUGUUUAGUACAUUCACCAUUCCAUCUGUACAGGCUAAUGGAUCACGACCUUUCUCUGUUUUAAUUUAUUGACCACUGUCAUUGCAUUUGAGUAA